AUGCAAACUGUUAGUUUUUAUUGUAUUUAUAAAAAUAAAUUUUCAAUGGCUUAUUUUCACUUAAAACAACAGUUUCAAUCAACCGAAGGAAUUUGUCUGAAUCUCUUACAGCUGUUUAUUUAUUUAAACUUAUUUUGUUUAUGUCAAACAAUCUAUCCAGUUCAUUCAUUAAAUACAAAUACAUUAAGAAGUAGUUAUCCAACUGUAGAUGAUGUUACUAAUACCGAUGAUAUGUGGUUAUUAAAUGAUCAAAAUAAAAAGAAAACUAUGGAUCGACUUCGUGAAUUUAAUCGAUACUUGAAUAGUAUUUUUCUACGUCAACAGUUUUAUCCUGAAGAAAAUGAGGAACCAUUUGAUCGUCGAAAAUUCUCUGUUCUAUCCAAUCAAAACAAACGAGAUUAUUUAUUUUUACGUGGCUAAUUCGUUUUUUUUUGGGCAACAUUUUGAUGAAAUAGAGAAAAAUAUGAUAGAGUUAAUCAGAAAGAAAAAAGUAAAAAAAAAAACAGACGAUAAAUGUAAUUUAGAAAUAAACAAAAAUAAAUAAAUGUUACUUGUUAUUAGUUUAUUGAGUUAAAUAUAAAUUUGUCCAUGA